UUAUGUAUUUGUGUAUACGCGGAUAAAGAGGGAGGGUUGGGCAAGCUUAUAGACGAGGCCGGGCAAGCUCAUGGACUAAAAGAAAUACCAGUGCUUUUUGUUAGAUCCUAUGUUCGUUCCUUCUGUGCUCUAGUAGUAGCUCUCAUCCUUAUGGAUUUGCAUUCUGAAAUGACUUAUUACAUCUUUUGAACCAUAGCAGUUGGAUUACAUCUUUUGAACCAGAGCUAUUAGACUAAUAGAUAGAACGCAUAGUAGCGGUAAGUGUCAUGAAGAGUUCAGUUCGGCUACUCACUAUAAGAAUCAAUACAAGUAACUAUGAGUAAUAAUACAAUAAUCCAGAAUUGAGCAGGGAAUAAAGAAGUAAGGGCUUCGUCUUAUAGUUUCCUCAGUGCCAGUGCUUUUCUGACCUUUAAACCAAUUCUGCUAUUCAUUAUUAUAUUACAAUUACCAUCAUUCUAUAUUACUAUUACUGGGCUUUGGAACCCGUUAUUCUCUUACAACGCUUUGGACACACCGAUCCUAUUACUUUGCUUUGAAACCAAUGAUGCAAUUACUUAGCUUCGGAACCCAUUAUUAUAUAACAAUUCAUUAUAUUACAAUUAUUCUAUUACUUUGCUUUGGAAACUAUUAUUCAAUUCUCAUAGUAUAAUUAUUCUAUCUACAUACCCAAGGGAGAAACAGCGGACAACGGAACGGGGAUCAUUCACCCAUGCUACGAAGGUAAGAUAAGAGGAAACAAUUGACAUAACACCGGCACGGCACAGUAAUAAAAGCAGAAUGAUGUUUACUUGACACCGGCAUAACAGAUCCAUCGUUCAAUAGAAAACAACCAACGCUUUAUUGAUACAAAAACGGAAUGAAAGACUACGUACUGUAGCAGCUGGUUAAUCAAAUCUACUUGCUUUCCAUAACGGGAUGAAUGAGCGAGCGUACUUCGUCUUUCGAGCUCCUGCUUCUUUUGAUGAAACCUACCCUUACCUAACACACUCCGUCUUUGAUGACCUCUUUCUCUUUCUUAGACUAGCUACCUAGGCUUUUACGGUGGAAGCCUAUUCCAAGAGGGUCUUGUCUUACUUGCUAACAAAUUCAGAAUGCCCAAAUAGUGCCUUAGCCCUUUAUGCGCUUAAAGCAAAUUCAGAAGGUGCGAGUCAAAUGAUUGAGUACGGCCUUGCCUUAGACGGGAGACAGGAAAGCUUACUUCACUUCCGUAAGCGUUGUAAGAGGGCAACAAGAGGGGCUAAGGGGGUCAAAGACAAGGCAACUGGGAUCAACUAUGGCGCAACAGCUACAUAUAGGGAAUCAAUAGAUUCAGAAGCGGUGUCUCGACCUGACCAGAAAGAUCUAAAUAAAUGAGUUCGGGAAAUCCAUGUAUAGUACUGUUGUCGAUCGGGAAAUCCAAAAGUGUUAUAGUACCCGUUGUCGAUCAGCCGGCUGUCUUACCUCAGGAGUCGACGUAGGAUUACCUAUCACUACAAGGAAUUGCACUAUUCACAGGCGAAUCAUAGCAACAAUUUCCUCAAAUCCAUUCUUAGAGUUUUCAAUCUAUACCUAUGUAUAGGUUCUUUCUCUUUCUUUCUAUCUGGAGGUUACGAAACCGGAAGUUUAGAAGCACAGAAUCAAGAAGGCAGUUAGCAAGCCAUAGGCGAGCGAGGAAGAUAACCCGGGUCAACAACCCUUAGAAUCUCCUCAUCACGUUGAGUCUUUCAGGUUACAAGCAAGACAAAGAUAAUCAAGAUCAUAAUCAAUCCAUCUUUAUAGAUACUUUCUUUCACUUCUUCGAUAAAAAGAAGCUGGUGUGGUAGUAUUAGGAUUGUAGCCAGCAAAGGGUCUGGCGAGGAAGUCAACAAUGGAGGACACAACUCCCUUAUCGAGAGAUACUGCGCUUAACGCUCUAACCGUUAUCUGGCCGUCAUCAGACGAGGACCAUCUAACCCCAAAUAAGCAUAAUGGUCUAUUCUAAGACAAUCUUGUCUAUUCAAAGCCCAUCUUAUUACCUCCUAACCGUUACGUGGGAAAAAGGUGCUUUUCUUUCCUUUAAGCUUAACGAGGACUCUCUUAUCUGUGACAUAGUGGAAGGCACGUGCAAGGAAACAAUGGACAUCCAAAAGCUCUGGCUGGCCUAUCCUCUUUUCUUUCUUUGAUCUCUCUUUUGAAAUAAGGCGCAAAGUACCAUUUCUUCCGUGCCAAGGAAUUUCAGAGGGAAUAUUGUAAGAGGAAGCUGAUGCCAAUGCGUCAGUGAGGAAAUGCAAACCAAUGAUCAAUUCAGAUCUAUUUCUUUUCCUACUUAAUUCGUGGGUCAAAUCCACUCUUAUCAAGAGUAAUAGAGAUUUCCUUCUUUGUUAGAGUCUAACAUUUCUAUAAAUUCCAUGAAAGAACCAUAUCCCUUCCUAUGAGUUUGGCCUGUCAGAUAGAAGGAAAAUUCCCAUUCUUUACAACUUUAGGGGGUGGGGGUUUGAAGGGUGGUUUACAUACAACCGGGGCAAAGUGGUUUAUGAUUGAAUCUCAAAGGCAUUCUUAUCAUUUGGUAGAUCCAAGUCCAUGGCCUAUUUCGGGUUCACUCGGAGCUUUGGCAACAACCGUAGGAGGUGUGAUGUACAUGCACUCAUUUCAAGGGGGAGCAACACUUCUCAGUUUGGGCCUAAUCUUUAUACUAUAUACAAUGUUAGUAUGGUGGCGCGAUGUUCUACGUGAAUCCACUUUAGAAGGACAUCAUACAAAAGCAGUACAAUUAGGACCUCGAUAUGGUUCUAUUCUGUUUAUAGUCUCGGAGGUUAUGUUCCUUUUUGCUUUUUUUUGGGCUUCUUCUCAUUCUUCUUUGGCACCCACGGUAGAGAUCGGAGGUAUUUGGCCCCCUAAAGGUAUUGGGGUUUUAGAUCCUUGGGAAAUACCUUUUCUUAAUACCCCUAUUCUCCCUUCAUCCGGAGCUGCCGUAACUUGGGCUCAUCAUGCUAUACUCGCUAAGAAGGAAAAACGAGCUGUGUUAGCUUUAGUAGCUACCGUUUCACUGGCUCUAGUAUCCACAGGCUUUCAAGGAAUGGAAUAUUACCAAGCACCCUCCAAUAUCUCUGAUAGUAUUUAUGGUUCUACCUUUUUCUUAGCAACUGGCUUUCAUGGUUUUCAUGUUAUUAUAGGUACUAUUUUCUUAAUCAUAUGUGGUAUUCGCCAAUAUCUUGGUCAUCUUACUAAGGAGCAUCACGUUGGCUUUGAAGCAGCAGCAUGGUACUGGCAUUUUGUAGACGUGGUUCGGUUAUUCCCAUUUGUCUCCAUCUAUUGGUGGGGAGGUAUAUGACAGAUAAGUAGAUUUCAGUAUUCUAGCUCGAAGACAAAGAGAACUGGG